GGAGCCCGAGUCGCUGGUCACUCAGAGUAGGUCACGAGAGGCAGCGAAGGUGGCGAGGCAACUCCGGCCGGCGUCUUCUUCAGUAUCCGACUCAACUCCCUCCCGAUUCCACGCUCUUCAGGAUGAGACUGAUAACGUGGGCUCUCGUGGUGGGCCUCUUGGCCUCCACCUUCGCACAGGAAGCCGACCAAGGGCGUAGUUCGAGCUCGUCCACAGUGGUGCACCUGAUAGCGUCUCCGUUCAUGCCGGUGCAGAAUCGGGCUGUCGUAGAGGAGAGACUCGGAGCCCUUGAGGACCUGAUCUCCGCGGCACAAAACAACAAAGAUGAAACAUCGGACCAGGCGAAGGAUGUGGUGGACGCGGUCGCGCAGGUGAUGGCGGAGCUGACGCCGGAAGACACCGCGAUCAGCGAGUCGCAGCCGGACGAGGGCGGGAUCCCAGGUGUCCCAGCGGUCCCGGCGGAGGCCAGCGAGGCCGGCGAAGGCGACGAGGUCAACGCAGCUAGCACUCAGGCUCCCGUCGAGGCGUCGGAGGCCGAGCAGGCCAGCGCCCCCAUCGAGGAGAGCCCGGAGCCCGCGCAGGAUGCAAUGACCAAGAAGGAGAAGAAGGGAGUGAAGAAAUACAACGAGGCUCUGGACUACGUCUCGAGGAUGCUGAGUGAGAAGAUGAGGGCGCUGAUGCCGUUCCCUCUCUCCAUGACGGUCGAAGCCCUGACCGCCCUGGACACGCCCGACCCCAGCCCGGAGCCCGAGCCCACGAGCACGACCACCGGGGGCGCCAGGAAUGGGGGCGGCAAGAAGAAGAAGAAGAAUGGGAAGAAGAACAAGAGGAAGAACGGAGCAGCCGCACAGGCCGAGGAUGAACAGGAAGAGGAAGAGACACAGGUGGCGGAGGAAGAGAACAACAGGAAGAAGAACAAGAGGAAGAACGGUACCGGAGAUGACACUGAGGUCAGCGAGGGAGGCAAGAAGAAGAGGAAGAACAAUAACAAGGGGAACAAGAACAAGAGGAAGAACAAGAAGAACAAGAGGAAGAACAAGAAGAACAAGAGGAAGAACGGCGGCGAGGACGACAGCCCAAGCCUGCGGGACGGGCGAGCCCUGGAGGGCGAGGACGAGGACGAGAGCCAGCAGGAGGAGGCCGUGGAGGGCGAGCUCGAGGCCCAGCGGGAGGGGCGCGCCAUGAAGGACGAGGCGGAGGGCGAGCAGGGGCGCAGGAAGGGCUCGGUCGCCCAGCGAGGGAAGGGCAACAGCCGCAACAACAAGGGCAAGGGCAAGGACAACAAAGACAACAAGAGCAAGGGCAAGAACAACAAGAAGAACAAGAAGAACAGGGCGAAGGACGAUAGGAAGAAUAAGAGGAAUAACAAGAAGGGAAAGGAUGACAGGAAGAAUAACAAGAAGAACAACAAGAAGAACAACAAGAAGAGCAACAAGAAGAGCAACAAGAAGAGCAACAAGAAGAACCGCAUGGGAAAUUCCGCCGAACCGCGAGCUUUCUCGGAGUCCGGCCCGGUUUUCCCGACCCAAGAGGAACGUCAGACCAGUAGCGCCCAGCUUACCGGCCUGGAGAACAUCCAGCGUGAAGGAGAUGUUGUUAUUGAUUCUUCCAGCAGGAAUAUCAACUUGGAUGUGAAGUUCGUGAUCGAGCCAGUGCAGGUGCAGCCCAAGGGACGGCAACUCUCCGAGGCCUCCGUCAGCACCUCCCUCAACGCUGAGGCUCGAUUCAGGGUGAAGACGGUCCGCGGGCGUGAAAAGAUGAAGUUGGUGAGCUUGACAGUUGACAGCCUGACCCCUGAAGAGGUUCAGAUAACCCGGGAAGAUAGGGACAUUGACGAAGCUCUCGUGUCUGCUGUUCGCGAAGCGAUGCCUUCUCCUUCUUUCCUGAAGGUGGCGAGUACCAUCGACACGUCUCGCAUCGCAAGCAUCCUCACUGCGGAGCUGGAGAACAUCUUCCAGGAGGAAGACAUUGUCCAGAACUUCGACAGCCACCCCGCCCUCAAGUUCCAGUAGGAACGCCAGCCACGUCGGGACAGAGAGAGCUGCUGCUGGAAUCGUCUUGCCGUAGCAUUGCUGCGCCUCACUUGCAUGAAGAUGACAGCGCUGUGGAACUCAGAAUGAAAUGCAUCGACAAAAGAAGAAAGCCAGUUGUCUCUCCGCGUUAACAUCGUUCCCGCUGGCCUUGCAUGACUCGCGUCUCGCCAGAAGCGCGUGUGAGGUUUUCCGCUUUCCGUUUGCGGAGAGCGGCGGGCGAGGGGCACGUCCGUCACUCACCCCGCCUCUCGCCCGCCCGAAAGGAUGGUCAUAAUCACAUAAGAACAGUUCACAUCUCGCCAUUUCUCUCUCAGGACCUGCCUCCUUCCGCGCCCUGCCCUCGCCGCCUGCUGGUCCCCCAGAGCCCUUUCGCUUAGCAAGAACUCAGGUCUUCUCUUCCUUCUGCCUUUUCCCCAUUAUUUGCCACCCUGCAUCUUCGCCCAUAUUUUGUAUAUAUUUUUUUUGUGUCUAUGGAUUUGUUUUUAUUUAUUACUAUUUAUUCAGAAUCAAACGAGAGGCUUUUCAGUGAAGUCUUAGAUUUAUGAAAUAAAUCUACAAAACAGUU